GGGGUUGCGUUCUUAGCACUUUUUGGUAAACAUUAAUUUUGAAGAAUAUGGUUGAAGCUUGGUUCAUGGAUGGUGAAACGUCGGAUCAGCGUUUGCAGCAUCAUUGUAAUCCACCAGAAUAUAUUAAUAUGGACGAGUUGUUUAAGAAAACUGGUGUAGAAUAUUUUCAGAUCAAUGCCGACGAUUAUGAAAAUGAUAACGUUUUACAAGAACUACGUAAAAAGCGAAAUUAUUCUUAUGAAGACGAGAUAACAUGUUCCGAAAAAUGUUUACCCGAUUAUGCGAAUAAGUUAAUAUCUUUUUUUAUCGAACAUUUACACACAGACGAAGAAAUACGUUUAGUUCUGGAUGGUUCAGGAUACUUUGAUGUCAGAGAUGCCCAGGAAAAGUGGAUACGUGUCGCAGUUACAAAAGGUGAUUUAAUUAUUAUACCAGCUGGCAUAUAUCAUCGUUUUACUUUAGAUGUCAAUAACUACAUUAAAGCCAAACGUUAUUUUGUGGGAGAACCAGUUUGGUUACCAUACAAUCGCCCAGCUGAUAACAUGGAUUGUCGCAAGUUGUACUUGAAACACCAAGGGGAAGGUUUCCAGAAACUAAAUAAAGUUUAAGCAUGACAAUAAUUUUAUAUUAUAGUGUAUAAAGCUGUUUUGUAUAUUAUAGUAUAUUAAAUAUUACAUGUA